AUGGAAUUUCGCGAUCAGAUCCACGGCUUGAACGCGGGCUCGCGGAAGACGUGGAGCUACUCAGAGGACCCGCGGUCCUUUUGGCCCGCCGAGUGGCUGCCGCAAGAGCGCGGUUUCCGCAAGGGCCGCAUCCACACGUUCGGCUACGACCCGGACUUCGCCAAGGACCGCAAGAGCGCCCUCACGAUCCACGACUUUGGCCCGGCGCUGGUGGCGGGCCUGGCGAAUUCAUCUCAUCUCAGAAGGAACCCAAACGUUAAUAGCCCGUAG